AUGUGCACCUACAGGUACAUCAUCUGUCACCUCUGCAGUAGUGAAAUGUCCGAAGACAUCCAGCGGUGCGCCGAAAGGCCCGAAGGGCGGGAGCCGCACCCACCGACUCCCGGCAACUCGGUGGACUUUCCGUCGGAGGAAGAAUGUGAGGAUUGCGAGCUCUUGAACGUUGGAGAUCCGAGUACAGACGAAUCCGAUGAUUCCCACCCCGGCGGGUCGGAGUCUGGGGGCUCUCAGGAUGACGGGCUCGAGGAUGACGGCUUCGAGGGCGGCGGCUCCGAGUCUGGGGAUUCCGAAUCUGAUGGCUCAGAGUCUGGCGGUUCAGAGUAUGACGACUCAGACUCUGGCGGGUGGUGA